AUGCCACCGCCAAAAACUGCUCUCCUAUGUGUCCUCGAGCUCCCACUUCUACCUCUCCUCGAGCUCCGACUACACCUUCUCCUUGUGCUCCGGCUGCUGCUUCUCCUCGAGCUUCCACCGUUAGAGCUCUGCUAUCUUCUGUCCUUCUCCCGUGCCCCUACUGUUGCUGCUCCUAUGCACUCUGAAGGGAAGGUACAAACCGGAAGAUCUUGGGGUGUUGGGCAUGGAGGGUCGUCCGAAGGGAGCAAGACGGCUCAGCUUUGUCCCUCGUCCUGCUGCUACCCUCCUUCCCAUCCAGGUCGCUCGUUCUGCUCCAGGACAUCGCCGUUGUCGUACUCCUCAUUUGACCUUGCAAGGGGGAGACUUUAGCUUGCUGUCGUUGUUGGGUCCCCCGGUUCUCGCAGCAUCUGUGGCUCCCAUCGUCUUUGGUUGGUGGUGGUCCGGAUCCGGUGCGUCGGGCCUCGCAGCCGCCGUCAGCCUCGCCGGAUCCGAUGCAGGCGGAGCAGAGUGCCAUAGCCCGUGGGAAAAUGAAGGACUUUUUCUCGAUAAAGGGAGGGAAAGCUGGGGAGGCAAGUGAGUGGGAGCUGCGCGAAUAGGAGGGAGCAGCGGAGGAGGCACCUGCACCGGUGGAGGAGGAUGCAGUUGCGGCGGGAAGCACCGGAGCUCCGGCGGAGGGGGCCAGGGCAACUAGGGUGGUGGACUCCUCGUUGUGUGAGAUGAGGCGGACUGUGACUUUUGUCGGGAGAAGUUGGAGUUAAAAAAAAAAAAAUCCCUAGCGACAAGAAUUACAGGACGGAGGGAGUAUAUUAUUCGUUAUGUGGCCUAGAAAAGAAAUCGAUUGAGUUAUAUAUACUCUUUUCUUUUUUUCCUUUCUUUUUUUUUGUAAAUACUACUCAUGAUAAUAUAAAAUUAUCAUAUAA